AUGAAGCUCGAUACAAAGAACCUUCGAUAUCUCAACCCUACCGAUUGGCGCACCCUCACUGCCGUCGAAACGGGCAGCAGAAACCACGAAGUAGUCCCCACCUCUCUCAUCGCGAAUCUAUCCAAGGGCAGUGUUGGCGAUGUUCAGCGGAGCAUCUCACUCUUGGCCAAGGCCAAUUUGAUCGCCAAAGUCAAGAAUGCAAAAUACGACGGUUACAGACUCACAUAUGGGGGCCUAGACUAUCUCGCACUCCAUGCACUGCAAAAAAGCAACACCGCCUACGGCGUGGGGAAUCAAAUUGGCGUCGGAAAAGAGAGUGACAUCUUUGUGGUCAGUGAUGAGAAAGGCGAACAGAGAGUGCUCAAGAUACACCGCCUUGGCCGGGUCAGUUUUAAAAAGGGUGUCCGUAACAAGCGAGAUUAUGCGCGGACAAAGGCACAGAAAGAAAGAGGUGCUGGCAGCUGGAUGUACAUGUCACGACUUGCCGCGGUCAAGGAGUUCUCCUUCCUCAAGGCGCUGCACGAAGUCGGACUCAGUGUACCGACGCCACUAGGUCAAAAUCGACAUCAGCUGAUCAUGUCCCUCAUUGAUGGGUUUCCACUGCGGCAGAUCGAAAAGGUUCCCAACCCUGCGGGCUUGUAUGCGGAGCUGAUGGACAUGUUGGUCCGACUAUGCUCGAUGGGUCUCAUACAUGGUGACUUCAACGAGUUCAACAUCUUGAUUAAAGAGCAGGAAGAAGAGAGCGGAGAAAUCAAGUUGGUGCCCGUGUUGAUCGAUUUCCCACAGAUGGUGAGUGUGGACCACCCGAAUGCCGAGUUCUAUUUCGACAGAGACGUUGAAUGUGUCAAGCGGUUUUUUGCGAGGAGGUUUGGAUUUGUCAGCACAGAAGAAGGGCCAUUUUUCAAGGACGCUAAGAAGCUGCUGGGGCAGGACGGAAUCAGAAGACUCGAUGUCGAGGUCGAGGCCUCGGGGUUCUCCAAGAAGAUGGCGAGAGAACUGGAGGCCUACAUGAAAGAACACGGGAUUGAUGGUGAUGCGAAAGACUCCGAGGCAAUCCAGCAAGCAGACGAAUCCGAAGCUAGCUCUGGCGAUGACGAUGACGAAGUUGAAGAAGAGGAUCCCCAGGAGGCCGCUUCUGACAUGGGUUGA